AUGCAUCGCUUCCUUCUCGCACUCUUAGGUGUCGUAAGCCUCGUAGCAGGUACGGCGCUUCCUCCGCUGGGAUAUGAGAGGCGAUUGCUCCGCGAUGCGUGGAACAAACGUCAACAAACAGACAAUUCCUCCGGCUCAUGCUUUUCGGGCGCCGCACCACCUGCGGUAGCGCCCAAAGAAAACGUCUGGGCGCCCAUGGAUGCGGCAGACAAUCAUGCCGUAUGGACCUUACUACAUGACCCGUCGUCUGGGCUCAACCUCACCCUUCCCAUAAAUGCCACGCUCUCAGAUAACUAUGUCUUCUGGCUAGAUACGACCCCAAUGAACAAGUCAGCUGUCCUGCCCUAUAUCGAUGGCGAUGGACCAGCCCCAUCAAGAUACGCACGUGCCAUCAUCUUUCGAGGCGGCCAAGAGGUCCCAGACUCGCAGGAGUACUUUAUCGGUCCUCUGCCAGUGUCUGCCGAGACGACCGUUCAACCGCUUGACUACAUCUACAAUGGCGGAGAUGGUGGUAGAGUUCCGUACAAUGCCCGGUACUUUGACGCCAAACGCUCCGCUGCCACCGAGCCUCUGAUUGCGGAGGCGAUGUCUGGUAUCGCGGACAUUACCGCUGCCCUUUUCCAAGGCGGCGCCUAUUAUGGGCCUCGUGAUAACCGGACCACUCUCAGUAUUACUUCCGGCACGCCUCUUUCGUUUGACGGGACUCAAGCCUUCAGGAACAUCAUGUUCAGAUUCCCUGGUCCAGCAACGUACAUGACCCCGCUCGACUUCUUUCUGUUGAUCGACUGCACAGGAACAGAUGCCUCCAGGUAUUUCGUGAAAGGUUUUGUCACCAAUGAACGGUUCUUCCCUACCGUGGCAGAUUUGAGAGCUGCUUUUGAAGCCGGCGAGCUUGCCCAGGAGUAUAACCAAACGCUCGAUGGAUCCUGGGCCCUCGUGGACCGCAAGCCGGAGCUUGGAGUGCGUGACCUUGAGGAGCGCUUCGCACCCGGCAUCAUCGAGCUUGGUGGGAAGCGCUACAGGCUUGACGCAACGCAGAAGUACUUCGAAUACAUGGGCUGGAGUGCUUACAUGAGCUUCAGUCGCACCCUUGGAAUCAUGUUCUUCGAUAUCAAGUUCAAGGGAGAGCGGAUCAUCUACGAACUAUCUAUGCAAGAAGCGUUGGCGCAAUAUGGUGGCAAUCAGCCGAAGGCCGCCAAUACAGUUUACCACGACACCUACUACUCGCUCGGUACUGAUAUGGGGACACUACUGGAAGGCUUCGACUGCCCAUUCGGAUCCACGCUAUGGAACGUGACAUAUCAUGAGGAGAACAGUACCAUCGUAAAUCAAGACGCUUUAUGCAUCUUCGAGACGGAUUCCGGUUACCCCCUCUCACGACACCGAGCCGGAGGCGGACCCAGCGACUACGGAUUCCAGUCGCUUGGAGUAGUCAAAGGUACUGCGCUAGUUGUACGUGCGGUCGCCACUGUUGGCAAUUACGCACUGAACUCAGUGUGUUCAGAUUAUCUCUUCCAUGUUGAUGGCUCGCUUGAAGUUGUUGUCCGGGCCAGCGGCUAUCUACAAAGCUCAUUCUACUACCCUGACCAAGGAAAAUGGGGACCGCGCAUACAACAAGCUACCCAGGGAUCCCUGCAUGACCACAUCCUAACCUUCAAAGCCGACUUCGACAUCCUCGACACAGCAAACAGUCUCCAAGUCAGCGAGCUAAUAGCGGCCAACCAAUCCCAACCCUGGUUCCCCGAGCUAGGCGAGUUCGAACAGAUGGAGCUAAACAUAAGCUACAUGCAAACCGAGCAGCAAUUCAACUGGGCCCCAAACAACCAAGCAAUGUACUGCGUCGUCAACCGCAACAAGACCAACGCCUGGGGCGAGGAGCGCGGCUACCGCAUCGUGCCCGGCCGCUCCGACGUCCACCUCUCCGUCGCCAACUCUCCGUGGUCGCUUAAAAACGCAGCGUUUGCUAAGAGCCACUUGGCUGUGACGCGGCAACACGAUACCGAGCCGUUCGCGAACUCGGUCCAGAACGUCAAUCUGCCGUGGAAGCCGCAGCAGGACUUCGCCAAAUUCUUCGAUGGCGAGUCGGUUGAGCAGGAGGAUCUGGUCCUCUUCUUCAAUCUGGGGAUGCAUCACUUUACGCGCGCUGAGGAUGUGCCGGUUACGCUGUAUACGGAGGCGUAUUCGUCGAUUGUCUUUGCGCCGCAGAACUUCUUUGACAGGGCGCAGGAUGGUGAUUUGCUGAAUAGGAGAUGGGUCGUUCCUACUGCGGAGGACACGCUGGAGUUCGAGACAUACGGCGUGGAGCUGCCGAGCUGUCCGAUUGAGAUUAGUGAGCCUGUGUAUGGGAUCAGUCCUGUGGUCACCCAGGAAGAUGCCAUCUAG